GGGCUGAUAACCAUGCGGCAAUUCUUUUCUUUCUUGGUUUCACGGCUAUCUGGAGAAGUAGAAUUUCAGAGUUGUAUAGUUUGAUAAUAAAUGAACCUUUGAACUAUCUUCUAGUUAGCUUCACGGGGAUUUGAUAUAUAUAUUGCAGCAAGCUGCCCCUAUUCUUGUAGUCAAAUCACAUUGUAGUCUUUCUAAUCGUUUCCUGCACUUGUAUGCUAACUUUCAGCAAUUCUUGUACUGUACUGCCACCUGGCUUUGUAUCAUUAGCAAACUUGAAUCCAUUAAAUAUGAUCUCAUACAGAUUGAAUAUUUUUGACCACCAAAACUAAAGAUCAUUCCAUUUUCUGGGGUUUUCUAUACGAUACUUUUCUUUUGGGAACAUAGAUACACAGCCAUAACUUGCACCUUCCUUUUUUUACUCUGAACUAUGUUUAUGCUCUUAACACUUUUCUACUUUUCCCAAGUGUUUUCUUUGAUUUUAAUUCAUUUUUUCAUGCUUUCUUUUCAGAGUAAUCUAAUUUCCUGUGUGUUUUAAAGUUUAAAAGCUUCCAGUUUCAAUACUUUUGAGUAGUAUAGUCCAGUCUCCACUCAAUCCCACAACCCCCACCUCCUGGAGGGUUAGGUCUUUCUGUCCUUUUUAAUAUAAACGACCCAGAAUUUUGAACUUGCAUAUCACCACGUUAUCGCAUUCGUUUGAAGAAUCAUCUUGAAUUUAGAGUUAAAGCUCCUGGCUGUUAACAAAUAUUUAUAGCUCGCUGGACUGUAUGGGUGGGAAAAGUGUUUCCAUUUGCAGGUGGUUGCCAAAGAAACUUCGGCCUGGCUGAUCCUCCAGCGCGGAGGAGGCCCAGCCUGUGCCCCCAGCUUGUCCCAGGAGGAACUGAGGCCCAACACACGACUCGAGUUCACCUGUCCCCCGCCUUCCAAAAUGUCCCGGAGAUACCCUUCCCCAGGCCCGUCCCGGACAGGUGGCACUGCCCGGUCCCGUGGGAGGUGACUCACCGCCCCGGUCGAUUUCCUGUCUCAGGUGAGCUGUGAUUCACUUCCGCCCGGGCUGGCAGAUUCUUUAAAAAAUACCGUACAACUGAAGAUAUAAUCAUGCCAGAAAAUCCUUUAGCAGUCGAUAAACAGCAGGUAUUGCAAGCUCUAGGUCGCUUGCAGACACGAUUACGUGAGAGAGGAGAGUCAUCUCAACAUGAGAAGCUAAACAUUUUCCGUGAUACAAUUGAAAGCCCUUUAUUCAAUCAAAUAAUAACCCUUCAGCAUUCCAUCAAACAGUUGAAGAAACAGCUGAACCGCAUGUCCACAAAUGCAUCGCCUAAUUUUGACUUUUCACAAACGGGACUCUUGGUGUUCAAUGCAGAACAUUCUAUCAAUAAGGCAGCUUUGGCUGAAGAUGCAAAACUAUUUCCAGAUACUCCAUCUUAUAACCAACCAAGUUCAUUGCAGACCCCUGAAAAAACACAAGAGGAGUUUGAUGAUAUUAUUCAAAUUUUAGCUCAGGGAAGGCAAGUAGAACAUGUUGAAUUGCACAAACCAGUAACUGGAGGCCUAGGAUUCAGUGUGGUUGGUCUUAAAAAUGAUAAUUUGGAUGAACUUGGUAUCUUUAUACGGGAAAUACAGAAAGGAAGCAUUGCAGAGAGGGAUGGCAGAUUACAAGAACAAGAUCAGAUAUUGGCCUUGAAUCAUACACCACUAGAUGAGACUGUUUCUCACCAAGAAGCCAUUGCAAUGCUCCAGCAGACCAAAGGAUCGGUGCAUUUGGUGGUUGCCAGAGGAUCUCCUCACAGGGUCCCCUCCCCAACAGAUAUGGCAACGUUACCUUUCUCUUCACAAUCAACACAGUGGGGGCAUGUGGAAGAAAUUGAGUUGGUCAGCGAUGGAUCAGGCCUCGGAUUUGGAAUUGUAGGAGGAAAGCCAACUGGAGUAAUUGUGAAAACUGUUGUUCCUGGAGGAUUAGCUGAUCGGGAUGGACGGCUUAAGACUGGUGAUCGUAUACUACAGAUCAGUGGCACAAACGUCGAGGAAAUGGGAAGUGAACAGAUUGCUCAGGUCUUGAGGAACUGUGGUAAUCGAGUUUGCAUGGUGGUGGCCAGAGAUCCCCAGGAUGAUUUUCCCUCGAAAUAUUUAAAUGUUGUUCCUUCCAUGUCAGCUCGGGAACAUUCCAAUAAUAUUUCUUCAGCUGAUUAUGAAAUUAGUGAUGUUGAACUCAAAAGAGAUGGACAAAGCCUGGGCAUUACAGUUGUUGGUUAUGUUGGUGCUUCUCAGAGUGAUACAUCUGGAAUUUUUGUGAAAAGCAUAAUACCAGGGAGUGCUGCAGAACAAAGUGGAUGCAUUCAAGUUCAAGAUAGGAUUAUCGCUGUUGAUGGAGUUGGCAUUCAAGGAUUUACCAACCAAGAAGCAAUUGAUGCUUUACGAAACACUGGAAACACUGUCAACCUUACCCUAGCCAGGAAGAAAAGCGUUCAUGUCUACGAAUCUUUUGAAAAGGCAGAAUUAGCACACAUGACAAAUGCACUCAUCACUGAAAACAGUUUUUACUCUGCAGUUGAAGAGGAAGAAAAUGCAGAUGUAAAGAAGCAGGACUUCAAAAUUGAUGGAUCUGCUGCAACACGUGAAGAAUUAAAGUGCAAAUGGGAAAAUCGUUUGGGGGCAGAAUAUGAAGUGAUGGUGCUUAAUGUGGAGUCUCGGAUCUGUGAUGAUGCAGAUAUGCUGAAAUAUUUGAAGCUGUUACCAGUUCAUACAUUGAAUUUUGGAGUGGAGCUGGACUCGUUUGAUGGUCAUCAUUACAUAUCAUCGAUUGUGCCUGAUGGACCAAUUGGCCAAACUGGAAUAUUACAAGUACAGGAUGAAAUUUUAGAGGUGAAUGGAAAGGAGUUGUAUGGAAAUUCAUGCCAGGAAGUAGGUAUACUUCUGAAAGACAUGUCACCUCCAUUUACUCUGGUCUGUUGUCGGCAACUGUUUGAAGAGGGAAAAGAAAUGCCUGUAGAUGAAUUCAGUGCCAUGGAAAAUGAAGCUUCUCAGGUUUCAGAGAAGUAUGAAUUGAUAAGGCCACCAUCUCCAUGGAAUACUGAAAAUUUUAGUCACCAGGUGGACAUGGAUACUGAGACAAAUGCAGAAGAAGAUGAAAUUGGGAAGCUGGCUUUAUGGACAUCAGAUGUAAAAGUAAUUGAGCUGCACAAAGGUUCAGAAGGUUUAGGUUUCAGCAUCUUGGACUAUCAGGAUCCUUUAGAUCCCACACGCACUGUUAUUGUUAUCCGCUCUUUGGUGGUUGGUGGGGUUGCUGAAUGUGAUGGCAGGGUGCUACCUGGUGAUCAGCUCAUCUUUGUCAAUGACCAAAAUCUAGAGAAUACUGCUUUGGCUGAAGCUGUUCAGGCUUUGAAAGACGCUCCACCUGGCAAGGUCCGCCUUGGCAUCUGCAAACCAAUGGUGAUUGACGCAAAUGAAAAUACCAUUUCAGACUUUGCUGGCUCAAUUGUCUCAAGAGAAGAUAUAAAACAUGAUUCAGAUAUAUUAAAUUUAGCUUACUCUACAAACCUGCCUGUGCCACAUGAAUUUGAUGAUGUUUCAUUUUCUCAGGAAGAACUAGUCGAUGAACCUGUGGUGAAUUUAAAGUUACUGAACUUAGAUCCCAGUAAUGUUGAUGAUGCCGCUGAAUUUUUGAUGAUGGAGACAUUGGCAAGAGAUCAGUGGACCCAAAAUAAUGAACAGCAGCAAAUAUUGGUGGGUGAUGAGCAAAAGGUGAACCCAGGAAUUUGUGAAACGAUUCAUCAGCACAAUAUAAAUGAUCAGCUGGAAUAUUAUGAACCUUUGGCACUAACAGCUACAAGUACAAUGAAUAACCAACUUCUUAAUACUUCACUUUUAUUUCCAUACAAUACAAAUGAUAAUGAAGAGAAGUUCAAUGGAAAUUCAUUGUCCUUUGCAAGUGAUACUGACAUUGUCCAAGCGAUGGUGCCAGAAGAUUAUGAAAGAACUGUUACCAUAGUGAGAAAUGGCCAUGAUCUAGGGUUGAGCAUAAAAAGUGAUCAUAGUGGACCUGGAGCAAUCAUCAAAAACAUUGAGAAUGAGGGAGCUGCUGGAAGAGAUGGACAACUCCAGAAGGGGGAUUAUAUUGUUGCUUUGAACAUGGAGCCCAUUAGUGGUCUGAAUUCAACUCAGAAGCAAUUAAUUUCUGCCAGUCAAGCCAUCAAUGAGGAAAUCAUGAUUACUUAUAUACCAGCAAAGGAUGUGGAUCACUAUAAAAGAUUUUUUGCUUCAAAGCAAACCAAUUCUAGCAGUGCUGCAAAAUUGACAACAGAAGUCAAGAUGAAAGAUGCUGCAAGUGAACUGCCGGAAAGAGAAGAAGGGGAAGGGGAAGAAACCCCUAUUUUGAGUCAUUGGGAGGCACCACGAAGAGUUGAGCUUUGGCGAGUACCAGGUGAAUCACUCGGCAUCAGUAUUGUUGGUGGUAACACAGUAAUAAAAAAACUGAAAAGUGGUGAGGAACUGAGAGGAAUUUUUAUUAAACAUGUCUUAGAAGAGAGUCCAGCGGGAAGAUCAAAUGCUCUGAAAACCGGGGACAAAAUUAUUGAGGUUUCUGGUAUUGACCUGCAAAAUGCCACACACGAUGAAGCCGUAAAUGUCAUAAAAAAUGCUGGAAAUCCAGUUGUUUUUGUGGUUCAAAGUUUAUCACCUACUCCACGACCAUAUUCUAUAUAUCAAAGCAAAACUGAACAAAAACAAGGAAAAGAAAUAAAAACAGCUUUGGCCCCAAAUAGAGCUGGUCCACCACCACCCAUGCGAUUGCCUCCACCUUACAAAGAACCUGCAAGUGUGAAGUUAUCAGAAUUGGAGAAGCCAGUGGAAUUUCCAGAUAGUGGCAAGAUUCCAAAGGAUGAAAAUGAGAGUGACCAAAAGAUAAGACAAAAAUAUGGAGACCUGCCAGGAGAUCUACACAUCUUUGAGCUUGAAAAAGACAGGAAUGGUCUGGGACUCAGUCUUGCUGGCAACAAGGAUAGGUCUCGGAUGAGCAUCUUUGUAGUAGGAAUCAAUCCUGAAGGCGCUGCAGGGAAAGACGGGAGAAUAAAGAUCGGAGAUGAACUUCUGGAAAUCAACAGCCAGAUACUUUAUGGGAGAAGCCAUCAAAAUGCAUCAGCAAUAAUAAAGAAUGCUCCAACAAAUGUCAAGAUAGUUUUGAUAAGGAAUGAAGAUGCUGUUAAUCAAAUGGCUGUUACCCCUUAUCCUUUACCACCAAAUCUCCUUUCUAGUGAGAUUCUAGAUACCACAGGUGCAUUGCCCUCCCGGGAACAGACGUCCACUCAAUUAGAUUUUUCAAAUUUCAAAAAUGUACAUAAUAUACGAUUGACAAAGGACCAAAGUGGUCUUGGCCUAGCUAUCAGUGAAGACAACACAAAUGAAGGAGUCAUUAUUAAAAGCCUCACUGACAAUGGAGCAGCAAUAAAGGAUGGAAGAAUCAAAGUAGGGGAUAGAAUUCUGGCUGUGGAUGAUGAGAUUGUAGUGGCACAACCUCCUGAGAAGGCUAUCAACCUCCUGAGAAAAGCGAAAGGAGCUGUAAAGUUGACUAUCAGUUGUGAGGAGAGUUCCCUGCAACAUUCUGCCCCUCCAUCACUCUCAUACCUUAACUCAGAUUCUGAGUCUUCGGAUAACACUAAUACAGCCGUGCCUGCAAUGGUACCAGAUCCAGCAACUUGUCCUAUAGUCUCAGGCCAAGAAACUGUCCUGGAAAUUUCAAAGGGCCGUUCAGGGCUUGGACUCAGUAUCGUGGGUGGAAGGGACACAUUGUUGAAUGCAAUAGUUAUUCAUGAAGUAUAUGAAGAAGGAGCAGCUGCUAAAGAUAAUAGGCUCUGGGCUGGUGACCAAGUAUUGGAGGUAAAUGGAAUUGAUUUGCGGAAUGCAACCCACGAGGAAGCAAUCACAGCCUUGAGACAGACGCCACAGAAGGUGCGACUUACUGUAUUCAGGGAUGAAGCACAGUACAAAGACGAGGAGAACUUAGAUAUAUUUCUUGUGGAUCUUCAGAAGAAAGUUGGAAGAGGAUUAGGCCUGAGUAUCGUAGGAAAACGGAUUGGAGCUGGGGUAUUUAUCUCAGACAUUGUUAAAGGUGGGGCUGCUGAACUCGAUGGAAGGCUUAUGCAUGGUGACCAGAUCUUGUCAGUAAAUGGAGAGGAUAUGCGAAGUGCUUCACAAGAGACUGUGGCAACAAUACUAAAGUGUGCUCAAGGAUUAGUUCAGUUGGAAGUUGGCCGUCUGAGGGCAGGCUCUUGGAUUUCCUCCAGAAGUACAUCUCAAGGCAGCCAGAUGAGUCAAGAAAGUGGUAUCAGUAAUCAGUCAAGAUUUGGAACUACAGUGACAACUUCACAAAAUAUUGCUAAGAAAAAUACAGCUGAAUCCUCACAGAGGAACUUGGGUUCAGAUACAGGUCUGAGAACUGUGGAAAUAACAAGGGGAGCAAAUGAUGCACUUGGAAUUAGCAUAGCUGGUGGUAAAGGAAGCCCUUUAGGUGAUGUUCCUAUCUUCAUUGCCAUGAUCCAAGCCAGUGGAGUGGCUGCUCGCACACACAAGUUAAAGGUUGGGGAUCGGAUUGUCAGCAUUAAUGGGCAGCCCCUGGAUGAACUGUCUCAUGCAGAAGCAGUUAAUCUAUUGAAGAAUGCCUACGGAAGCAUUAUCCUUCAGGUUAUAGCUGACACGAAUAUUACUGCUAUUGCAAGUCAGCUUCAAAACAUGACAACUAACUUCAACGUGAGUUCACCAUCUGACAUUCUAGUGGAAGAUCCAGAAUCACCACAGUGCAUGAACAUAACAUUAGAGAAGGGACCAGAUGGACUGGGAUUCAGCAUUGUUGGAGGACAUGGAAGUCCCCAUGGAGAUCUGCCGAUCUAUGUUAAAACAGUGUUUGCUAAGGGAGCAGCAACAGAUGACAACCGGUUAAAGAGAGGUGAUCAGAUUUUAGCAGUAAAUGGGGAAAGUUUGGAAGGCGUCACACAUGAACAGGCUGUCGCUAUUCUGAAAAAGCAAAAAGGAACUGUAACGUUAACAGUGUUGUCAUGAAGAUUACAAUGUGGCCAUGAUUAAUCCUGAGAUAUCUGUUUAAAUUCUGCCAGGAAAUGAUGUUGCAUUGCCAAAAGCAGGAAUGUAAUUAAACUAUGAUUGUCUGACUUUGGACCUGAUUUUCUUUUCUUUUAUUGCAUUGUAGUAUUAGUCAGUGAUGCUCUGUUGAAGGGAGGAAUAACCAAACUACUGAGUGUCAAUCACUGUUCUUUGGACUUGCGGAAAAAACUGCCUAUUAAUCUUACCCAGCUGUAGCUUCUUGAGAAAUCUCACUAAGUGCUUUCAUAUUGUAUACCAUGUUGUUACAGUAAAUUGCUGACUCUGGAGUGCCUGAGCCUGACAUUGGAUACAUAGGUAUAGAUUUUGGUCUUCAUAGUUGUGGCAAUGAUCUAUUUGAACAGAUUACCCGAUCUUUGUAGAACCCAUACGGAUUUAAUUAAUUGAUUUUACUACUCUUUUUCACUGUAUACUAUGUUCUUUGAACAAUUUAUUUUGAUCUUUUCAGAUCCUGAUUGUGACUUGUGUUUGAAUUUUUUAAAAUUCCUUGUCAUGGUAAGGAAUUGCUUAUAUUUACAAUAUGAAAGCAUGUUGAGUCUCAUGAAAUUUAAAAAAAAAACAUCUUUCAUUGUUGAAUAUUUCUAAGUGCUUAGAGAAAAUAUCUUACAUGCCAUUUUCUAUAACUCAUAACUUCCAGUAACUUAUAGGCUUAAUUAACCUUUUCAACAGGAAUUAUAGAUUGGCAAUAUGAACUAGUCAGAAAACAGGCCUGGAACCAAUCAGCCAUUAUUUUCUCACUUUAGUUGUCUGUGACCUUAUGGUUAAAAAGUAUAUUGAAAAUGGGUUCAUGAUCCUCUCUUCUAACACAGUGUGGGAAGUCAUAUCCAUUGGCUCCUAAAUUAAAAGGGAAUAUCUUCCUUUUUCUCUUUUUCUACGUCCGAUGAAGAUUGCAGAUCUGAAAUGUUAACUCUAUCUUUCUGUCCAACCUGUUGUGAUUUUCCAUUAUUUUCUACCUUUAUUUCAGAAUUAUAUCAUAGGAAGAUUUUUGAAUUUUUGGUUGCAGCUGCCUUUCUGAGAUAAGGUAGAUAUUCCCUGUUGAGAAUGGAUCAACUCCAUGGUAUUAAUGCUGGAGUAAUAAAAUGGAUUCAACUGUGGCUAGAUGGGAGAUGCCACAGAGUAGUGGUGGAUAAUUGUUUAUCGGGAUGGAGGCCGGUGACUAGCGGGGUGGCUCAGGGAUCUGUUUUGGGCCCAAUGUUGUUUGUAAUAUACAUAAAUGAUCUGGAUGAUGGGGUGGUAAAUUGGAUUAGUAAGUAUGCCGAUGAUACUAAGGUAGGAGGUGUUGUGGAGAAUGAGGUGGAUUUUCAAAGCUUGCAGGGAGAUUUAUGCCGGUUAGAAGAAUGGGCUGAACGUUGGCAGAUGGAGUUUAAUGCUGAGAAGUGUGAGGUUCUACAUUUUGGCAGGAAUAAUCCAAAUAGAACAUACAGAGUAAAUGGUAGGGCAUUGAGGAAUGCAGAGGAACAGAGAGAUCUAGGAAUAACUGUGCAUAGUUCCCUGAAAGUGGAGUCUCAUGUAGAUAGGGUGGUGAAGAGGGCUUUUGGAACGCUGGCCUUUAUAAAUCAAAGCAUUGAGUACAGAAGUUGGGAUGUAAUGCUAAAGUUGUACAAGGCAUUGGUAAGGCCAAAUUUGGAAUAUUGUGUGCAGUUCUGGUCACCGAAUUAUAGGAAAGAUAUCAAUAAAUUAGAGAGAGUGCAGAGACGAUUUAGUAGGAUGUUACCUGGGUUUCAGCAAUUAAGUUACAGAGAAAGGUUGAACAAGUUAGGUCUCUAUUCAUUGGAGCGUAGAAGGUUGAGGGGGGAUUUGAUCGAGGUAUUUAAAAUUUUGAGAGGGAUCGAUAGAGUUGACGUGAACAGGCUGUUUCCAUUGAGAGUAGGGGAGAUUCAAACUAGAGGACAUGAUUUGAGAGUUAGGGGGCAGAAGUUUAAGGGAAACACGAGGGGGUAUUUCUUUACUCAAAGAGUGAUAGCUGUGUGGAAUGAGCUUCCUGUAGAAGUAGUAGAGGCCAGUUCAGUUGUGUCAUUUAAGGUAAAAUUGGAUAGGUAUAUGGACAGGAAAGGAGUGGAGGGUUAUGGGCUGAGUGCGGGUAGGUGGGACUAGGUGAGAUUAAGGGUUCGGCACGGACCAGGAGGGCCAAGAUGGCCUGUUUCCGUGCUGUGAUUGUUAUAUGGUUAUAUGGUUAUAACUCUAUCUAUUUGAGAGUUAUUAUCUUUGCAUUUGUUAAAUCAUCAUAUUUCAAAUAAAAAUAAAUGGGGUUAGAGCUUUACCUAAAUUAUUAAAAAUGCACAAUCUCAGUCACAUUAGGCAUAGAGCUUCACUAAAUGCAGCACAAUUCAUAUCAAAAAUCAAAUAUUUCAUAAUGUCCAUAAGGAAUUUUUUAGUGCCCUGAGUAACUACAAACUCAAAAUGAUUUAAUCAUGUAGGUGCUGAUUGCUACUUCAAAUUUCAAAGUCAAUUUAUUAUCAAAGUACAUAUAUGUCACCAUGUGCAACCCUGAGAUUCAUUUUCAUCUUUUGACUUAUGUCUACUGUAGUAAUAUUGGGUUGAAUGUUUCGUGGGUAAUAACCAAUCUGUGGACCAGUCCACUCUCUUUGCUUUUACAUGUCACCUUUGUUCUUAAGCUAACAACCUUUUGGGAAUUUGAUCAGUUUCUGCUUUUCUAAGUUGGCAUAUGUGAAGUAUUUUUUUGGAAAAUAAACAGAUUAUGCCUGUGGUCACAUUAAGUAUUCCAGUAUCAUACAGCCUGGGGCCAUUUUAGCCUCACUUAUCUCCUUCGGCAGACUCACUGCAUUGUGCCUUUGGCUCUCUAUUUACAAUGUUCAGGACAAAUGACUGAAAUUAGGAGCUUAUUGUACAGGAAUCACUUUCAAGCGUGUGGUCCAUUAUUCCCAGCUCAAGCAUUUCUAAGAGUGGACUUGAAUGAGAAGUUCGGGUAGGAUGUUAGUAAUAUUUAUUCAAAACUAUAACAGCAAAGGUUAGUGCCAUAUUUUGUCACGUAAAUAUAAGGAACUCUUUUGUGAUUUAAAGAAGUGACACAGGAAGAUAGAGUAAAAAAAUAUCUAUUUUGCUAUGGGAAUUCAUGUUGCUUCCAUUUUAAUGAAACACAUUAUAAUACAUUCACAUCUCUUGUGUCUGUACAUGAUUCUUUGUGGUGGUGAAUAUCACUUCUUGUUCCCACUCAAAUCUACAUCUCAACAUUAGUUAUUGCCUGAAAAAUUUUUGCAUAUUCACUUACACAUUUAAUUAUAAAUUUUGACAAAAAUAAUAAAUUUGGGAGAUAUACUGUAACAUUGCAAAAAUAGUUUACCAGAUCAAUUUGUUUAAUGCAAUAAUUGUUUCUGAUAAGUGGUGUUUUGAAUUUUAUUUCAUUUCAGUGUAAAUACGAGAUAGUUUUAUGGAAAGUGAAGGAAAUUUGUUGAUAUGUGAGUUGAUGCUCUGAAAGUUAAUUCAAUUGUAACUUCUUCAACUCUCAGAACCUUUCAGGACAUUAUAAAGAGUUACAGUAUGUGUGCUUUCUGUUUUUAAUUACCUCCUAGUCCAACUUUACCCCCUCCUCUCCAAAAUUAUUGCUCUUGCUAGGCUGUGAUCCCACAGAUCAAGCAUAUCUCACUUGAUGGUUAUUCUUUGAGUAUGAGAUUAGACAGUGGAUAUUAGUUUAGUUCUAUGUGUAAUUUAAUUAAGUUUUAUGUCAGUGUUUGAUGUUUUUGAUUGUGUAUGUAUCAUUGUGCACAUGUGCAAGGAUUAAUAUGAACCUUGAAUAAACUAGAGAGAAGUUUUAGAUCUC